AUGGUUUCUGUGGCAGAAAACGUUCUUGCGACGAUCGGGACGGUGUUCUGGUGCAUCCAGCUCGUACCCCAGAUUAUUCGCAACUACCGAGUCAAAAACUGCGAGGGCCUCCCCCCGUUGAUGAUGUUCUUGUGGGCGGCGCUGGGGGUGCCGUUUUCGAUCUACUUCUUUGGCAUCGACGGGCUGAUCCCCCUCCGCAUCCAGCCCCAGCUCUUCACCUUCUUCUGUCUUGUGCUGUGGGUGCAACUGCUAUACUACCCUCCGGUGAAGAUGGAUAGGAAGCGGUUGCUUAUGUAUGUGGUGGCGUUUGUCGCUAUAGCGGUGGGGCUCGAAGUGGGGUUCAUCCUUUGGUUGAGACCGCUCCACCGCCGCGGUAAGACGUGGCCGAUGCUUAUUAUCGGGAUUAUUGCCCUGUUGUUGUUGGCGGUAGGGUUAGUGCCGCCUUACUUUGAGUUGUGGAAGCGCCGGGGUCGUGUGGUAGGGAUUAACUUCAUCUUCUUGACCAUGGACUCGUUGGGGGCGUUGUUCCUGAUGUUGCUGAUUAUCGUCGGCCAAAUGGACGUGAUGCUGUUGACGCUUUAUGCCAUAGUGCUUGCCAUGGAACUAGGGAUAUUUGCAUCUCAAAUAAUAUGGUACCUUUUGCUUGGUGGGAGAAAGAUUAUUAAGGAGGAGAAACAAGCCGCGAAGUUGGCGGCGGAGGAAGCGAGUGAUGUGGCACCUGACACUGGUAGUGACACCGGCAGUGAAGCUGGCGGUGACCACAAAUCCAUUGCUCACGACCUACCCGUUAGUGACCACACCGAUGGAGACAUCGAGUCGUCGAUAUAUGACCGCCAGGUGGAGGUCUUCGACGACACCAAGAAACAUUGA